UUGAAGCGUUAGGUUGGCCCAGGCCCACAAAGAGUCGAGAGACAAGCGGAGAGAAGCACCGAGAGACAAACUGGAGACAAACUGGAGACAAACUGGAGACAGAGACAGAGACAGCGAGAAACAGCUUCUCCGGCUGAGUUAACAAUUUGUAAGACACAAAACGCGGACAAACAAUUGGCACUCCAGCAUGGAAACCUAUUUGACCGAGAUCAAACAAUUGCGCAUACCACGCCCGAAAUUCGAGCCGAAUAGCUGCCACCAGCAGCACCAGCAUGCAACGGCAACGGGAGCGGGAACGGGAGCGGGAACGGCAACAGCGACAGCAACCGCGACAAUGACAUCGACGCCCACACAUCAUCAUCAUCAUCAUCAGCUUCAGCUACAGCAUCAUCAUCAUCACCACGCCCAUCAUCAGUGGCGACACUUUGUGCGGCCCUUUACACCGCCACGCGAUUAUCACUUGCCAGUUGUUGGUGGAGCCGUCGCCUGGUCGGCAGCGGAGGACAGCGCCACGCACGACAAAAUCUAAGGGAGGAGCUGAGUUGAGCUGAGCUGAGCUGAGCUGGUGGGGAGUGGCAGGGAUCUACCGGGCUGGCAGCUCGGCGGUCUGUUUGAGCUCAAUUGGAUUGCAUUGACGCUGGCUUUGCUGUUGUCGUAUUGAUUACACUACCAAUAUGUCGAGCGAGAGAGACAGAUAUAUAUAUAUGGUAUAUACACACAUGCUAUAUAUAACUAUAAUCUAUCAAGAGUUUAAAGCUCUUUUGCAUAAUUUAGUGCUUAAGUUUAGUGUUUACUGUGGUAAGCUUAGGUUUCCUAUAUUAGCUAUACAAUAAUAAUAA